AUGUUAACAUCAAUACAAACUCGACAUAUGAUUGAUCGCAUUGAAAAUGAAGCUUUUAUUAGCAUAUCAGUGAAAAAAGCUUUAUGUAAAUUGUACGAAAAUCGAAUAAAAGGAUCUGAUCAACAACAAGAUGAACGUGAUAUGACAUUAAAAUUAUUCAACGAAUUAAUUGAUGCAAUAAAAAAUGAUUUUUGUUCAUCAGAACAAUAUGAACGUGAUCAUCAAGUACAAGAUUUAUAUAAUCAAUUAAAAACCAAUCUUAAUAAUUGGAAAAAUAAAUGGUUGAAAUUAGUUAUUGAUAUACAACAAUUUGAAAAGGCAUUUGGAGAACUUGUAGAUUAUCUCGAGUCCAAUUUUAGUAUUAUGUCCACGAUUUUCGAACAUGUUUCGAAAAAGGCAAACAAUGUUGAAAAAGAAAAUGAAGAAUUAAGGAAAAAUUUACAGGAUAUUAAGCAUGAAACUGAUGAUUUAAAAACAAAACUCAAUCAAUUAGAAAUAAGUGAAAAGAGAAGAGUUGAAAAAGAAAAAAUUGUUGAAAAACGUAUACUUAUUCGUGAUUUAUUUCUCAUGGCUCACAAAAAAUUACAUGAAGAAAUAAACAAACGUCCAUUACCAAAAAAUAUAUUAAGUAUCGUGUAUGAAAAUGAUAUAAUCGAAUUAUCGAAUAAAUAUAUUUUUUUGUUCAAAAUUCUUCAUGAUAUAUCGGUGGAAUUUAAAAUUAGUGAAGAAAAAUUAUUAAAAUACCUUCAACAAAAGAAGGAUGCAAAUGAUGAUUUUCAUUUAAAUACGGAAAUCAAACAAUAUGCUUUAUAUCCAGCAAGAUUAAUCAGAUUUGGUUUAAAAAAUGAAUGGAUGAUUGAAUUUGAUGAUAAAAUACAAGGCAAACAAUGGAUAUCACCAAAUCGAUUAUUCUUUCGUGAAGAAUUUUAA